UUCGCAUCGCUACCUUACAGAACAACCUUUCUGCGGCCGCCUUAUUCGUACCUCGUUUUGACGAGUCGAUCCCAAAUGAACCCCGUUCACAUCUUAACCGCAACUCCUCUUUCCUCCACCGGUUUCCCUCUCAAACCCUUCAACAACCUUGUCUGUUUGUCGCUGCUGGCUAUUGUCUCGGAAUGCGCUCGGCAAACAUGACAUGACGGCCUAAGACGUCACCUCAUCGGUAGGAAAGAUGGACGACAUCUUGGGCGACGAUCUCCCACUCCCGCCGGCCAGACUCUAUGAGCGACUUGCACAAAUCCCCAACUAUACCUGGGAUCGUUCGUUCCAACCAUUCCAUUCGAGUUACGAUCAUUGGCAUGUUACCGGUCUCCUCCACAAUCCUGAUGGUAUCAACCCUCGAGCGUCCCAGAGUACCUUGACGACCCUUUCCGCCCUCUCCGGUUCUAGCAGAAGUUCCCCUAAACUCGACCCUCACCGUCCUUCCCUCAGACAUCAUCACUGGAGUAGCAUAAGUGGUGCCUCAACCGACAGCGAGAAUGCAUCAUCCCGGGAUGAACAUGACACAAUAUGGCAGCCGGUCAUUGCCCGCAUCAGCACUCAUGUGCUGCGUCUCGAAAGGGAGUUCCAGUAUAAUCACACAAUCAUGACAGCAUGCGACCCCAAUUGUGAACACACUGUCAGACCGUUAGAAAUCCAUAGGCUGCCCACAUUACCGGGUGAUGAACAACCCUUGGUUGUUGCCAUAUACGAAACUCCUGGGAAGAACUACCUGCGCGAACUACUGGACUUCGGGCCGGCCUUCUACGGUCUUAAUCACCAAGGUCACAACUCUGACAGCACUCCCGGCGAGCGCAUUGCUCUUCAAGCCUUCUUGGACUUCGCCAUUGGUGCAGCUGAGGCACUCGAGUUACUCCAUCAUGGUGCCAACCUGGUCCAUGGCGAAAUUCGAGGUGACAGUUUCCACUGGAACCGCGAACGAAACUCCGUGAAGAUCGUAAAUGGUGGAAACGGCCCUCGGGCCUUCGACAACGUUCUUUCGAGUGAUUCAUGGGCAACGUUGAGUCGCGAGAUUGGUGUCAAGAACAAGCUACAAUUCAUCGCUCCAGAACAGACAGGACGCUUGCCUGCAGACCCUGAUAGCCGAACAGACAUUUACAGCCUUGGAAUCCUAUUCUGGACCUUGUUGACUGGACAGCCGGCGUACGAUGCAGAUACGCCAAUUGACAUUGUCCAGAAGGUUCUAACACACCGUGUGCCCAUGGUCAGCGCAAUUCGCAUGGACAUUCCCGAUGCCGUUGCACACAUUAUCGCCCGAAUGACCCAGAAACAGAUGGACGAGCGCUACCACUCAAUCUCUGGGUUGAAAUAUGAUUUGUUACAAAUCCAGAAGUUGUUGGGCGAGGGAGACCAGGAAAAGAUCACGAAGUACAAGGUUGGACUGCGGGACGUGUCUUCUUUCUUUAUUCUGCCGACGAAGCAGUUUGGACGAGACGCCGAGAUUGAAAAGAUCACGAAGAUCAUCGACAAAGCCCACAAACGUCAGAUCUCCGGCGCCGUGCGCCCCUCGCCAUCGCAGCAGGGCCUUUUGAAUGCUGCGUCCAAUUCUUCAGUCUCUGACGGUCGGCCAGACGGAGGGGAGCCGGGAGAAGGCUCCGACUCAUCCAGCUCAUUCGGUUUUAGGGAAUCCCGCAGUAAUUCUACGACUAUCGGCCAGGAUGGUCCAGUAUUUACACCCUCCUACGGCAGUAAGACGAACCCGCUGGGAAGACGCGCUCGAGAUUCUCGUGGUACGCCCCUUGAUCUGUUGUCGGAUCGAGACAGCAAUCUAUCUGGUGGGAUACAACCAGCAACUGACACCCUACCGGGUAUGAUGACCCGCCGGAGAAACAGCCACAAGUACAAACGGCGAAGCAAGACCGAGGUCAUCACAAUCGUAGGCGCAUCUGGAGUCGGGAAGACCGCCCUCAUCAAAGCCGUACAACCCUCGAUUCGCCGUCAUGGCUAUUUCGCUCUAGCAAGAUUUGAUAGAGCGCGUCCUUCACCUUUCGAGCCAUUGAUCAAAGUGAUGGGCAGCCUGUUCAGACAGAUCUUUUCAGAGAAGGAUGUCAAUACACCAUACCAUGAACACCUUCGAGCGCAUGUCACUCCUAUUUGGCCUAUCCUGCAUUCCAUGCUGGACCUACCUGCAACCCUGCUCGAUGUUACAGUGUUGUCCAAAAAGCUCCUGACAAAGAAUGACGGCACAAACCAGAGCGUCAAUACCGAGGUUCCUACUGUGGACAGUGGUCCAAAAGCUAAUCCCGGACAAUCGAAUCCUGGAGCCUGGGAUGCCAAUGACUUCCUUCGCGGUCCGUCAAACACCAAGUCUAUUCGAUUGAUCAAUACCUACAUGGACGUCUUGCGGACCAUAUGUACCGGAAAACUGAUCUGCCUUUGCUUGGAUGAUUUGCAAGCAGCAGAUCCGGAGUCCGUCGACUUGCUGAUGCACAUCAUAAAGGCGAAGGUUCCUAUUGUCCUAUUGUUGUCUAGCCGUGUCGAUGAUGGUCAAAUUCCCGAAUUGACUUCGAAGAUUCUGGAGCUUGAUUCGACAAGCAAGAUUGAACUUGCUAACCUUCGGGAGAGGCAUGUAUUUGAGUACGUUGCUACCACUAUGUCCCAGUCCGUGGAGACCGUGAUUCCGUUGGCAGCAGUGGUCCACGCAAAGUCUGAGGGCAACCCAUUCUUGAUGAAAGACAUCCUCCAGACUUGCUAUCAGCGUAAUUGUCUGUGGUAUGAUUGGAAGGAAUCGGGCUGGCAAUUCGAUCUGGACAGAGUCUUCAAUGAGUUCAGCUCAGAAGGCUGCACCGACAAUCAAUACUUGAUAGGGCGCCUUCAGGAAUUACCUCCAGCCGCAAGAUCAAUCCUUGCCUGGGCGUCUCUAAUUGGGACGACAUUCUCGUUCAAGCUAAUUCAAACUAUCAUGACAGGACAACAUUUCUACAGCUCGGGGCGAGAUCAGGAACAUGAUGCGACCUGCCCAAAACGUGCGAAGAUGUUCAACCUCUCCGAGGCUGAUUGUGUGAGUGGUCUACAACAAUUGGUCAACAUCUAUAUUGUGACGCCUAGUCAAAGCGAUGACGAGUUCAAAUUCACACAUGCACGGUACUUAAAAGCGGCGAAUGACAUGCGGGAGUGUCAAAACACUACCAAAAUGCAUUUCAUCAUUGCUCAGACCAUGAUGGACUAUCUCAGUCAAUGCAGGUUCAAUCUGUAUUCCUUGGCACGACAUAUUUGUAUGGCGUCAGACAUCAUCAAGGAAAGGGUUCCAGCACGGAUGCGUCACCGAGAUGUGCUGUGGCGAGGAGCGCAGAAAGCACUCGAAUCUGGAGCAAAGCCUACUGGGUUGUGGUAUUACAGGUCUGCAAUAAAGCUGUUGCAAGAUGACAAAUGGAACACGGAUGACUCGGAUGUCUUCUAUGACGAGACCCUUCAACUACUCGUUAAUUGCGCCGAGAUCAUGUAUCUCCAGGGUGAAACAGACGAGGCAUUAGCACUUCUGGAGGACACUUUCAGGCAUGCGCGCUGCUCUGCGGAUAAGACCAGGUCAUAUAUCUUGAAAGGCAGGAUCCUGUCACAUCGAGGCCAGUUCCUUGCAGCUUUUGACUCCCAACGGGAAUGCUUGGUGGAGCUUGGCCUGCCAAUGCCGAAACAAUCUUGGGAGCAGUGUGAUAUCGAGUUCAAGAAACUGGAAUACCGGAUACGAGAAAUGGACCAGGAAGAACUUGUUUCAAGACCAUUGAGCAAUGACAAGAGCGUCAUCGCAUUAGGUACGGUCCUGAGUGAAGCUUUGGGUUCACUAUACUGGUCCGAUGCAUUGCUAUGGUACCAGCUGGUUAUUGAGUAUGUCAAUACUGUCUUGGACCGGGGUGUCAUGAUACAAGCUGGGCUAGGUUUCACAAUGUUGGGAGCCGCAGCGAUUGGCCGAUUCAAAGACAUCGAGUUGGGACUGCUGUACGGCGAGAUCGGGCACCAGUAUUACACCCAUUUCGAUGAUUCCUGGACGCGUGGUAGAGGCUGGACCCUAUUUACGUUGUUCAUCGGCCAUUUUCAGACACCAAUCCGCAAUCUGCUGCCCAUUUUGGACAAUGCACUCGAGUAUUCCUUGUCGUCCGGCGACCGGUUCGUGAGCAUUCUCAAUAUUGGUGUGAUGGCUGUGUCAAGGUUCUGGGCCGGACAGGAUCUCGCAGAGGUCGAGGCUUUCUGCAAUUAUGGACCGGAAGAGUUCGAGGAAUGGGAGAACGACCGCCGAGGCGGUACUCUUCUGACGGCCACCAGACAGGUUGCCCGUGCCUUGCAAGGCAAAACUGGGAUUGGGAGUGUCGAGACAGUAAUGGACGAUGAGCAACACGACAAGAAGAAGUGGCUCGCAGAAUGUGCCGUGUGGGCCUCGAAUGCUAACCGUCCUCAGGACAUCUACCAUGCAAUGUCAUUCGUGGCCUAUCACAUCCUGGGAUACCACGAUUACGUGAUUGAAAUUGGUACGAAACUGCUGGACACAACUCUCGAUGAGUUGUGGUCGAACAGGCCUGCUUUUGGGACACGAUUCUACGUUGGGCUGUCUUUGAUGGCUGUUGCGAGGGAGAAACCCGAGGAAGAGCGUGCUCCUUACAUCGAAAAGGCAAAAAGCUUGAAACGGGAGAUUGACACAUGGGGCAAGGUGAACGACGUCAAUUAUUUCGCCUGGUCCCAUAUCCUGGAGGCCGCAAUCGCUGAGGCUACGCACAAAUACGAAAGCAUCAUUUCUAGUCUCGAGGCAGCUAUCGACCAUUGUCAAGUACACGGCUUCGCCCUAGAGGAGGCAUUGGCAAUCGAAAUGCAAGCAGAGUUUCUCCUUGCACGUGGAGCGAAGAGGGCAGGCAAGGUCAUGAUCCAGGAAGCCAUCACUGCUUGGAACAGGAUCAAUGCUGCUGGCAAGGCGAAGCAGCUUUUGGACAGGCACGAAUGGCUGAUGAAGACAGCCACCACCUCACGUACCAUGGAAGCAACCACCCAAACAGAAGAUCUACAUGCACUGUCCAUCGCCGAGGAAACCCACACGCAAGACAAGCGCGCAUACACAAAUGCGUGGGUGCAGCCGAAGGGAACAACGACAAACCAAGCAUCGCAGGAUGUGCCAGGUCUUGGACUUGACAUCCUGGAUCUCACCUCAAUUCUUGAGUUCUCUCGAGUUAUAAGCUCUGAAUUACAGAUCAAUAAUCUACUUUCGAAGAUGAUCUCAGUCAUUCUCGAAUCAGUUGGAGGGCAGGCUGAAUUCUGCGCCAUUGUGAUCGACUCCGAAGAUUCGGGCUGGUGUGUCGCCGCGAGCGCGGACCAUGAGACCGGUGUUAAGACUUAUCCGGAUGGUAUACCGUUUUCUGAAGUCGACGAUCAGGCCGCUCAGCAAAUCACUCAUUACUUACUCCGCACCAAGGAGACCGUUUUCGUCCAGAAUGUGUUGGAGGACGAUCGUUUCUCUAAUGUAGGUGACGCUUAUUUGGCGAGGAAUCCUGCAGGACGUUCCAUCAUUGCAAUCCCCAUCAUCCAAGCCGAUCACUUGAUGGGAGUCAUCCAUCUAGAGGGUCGUCCAAAUGCUUUUACGCAACGCAACAUGAUCGUGCUCAACCUUUUGACUAAUCAGGUUGCAAUUUCCCUUGGAAAUGCUCUCCUUUACAGAAAGGUCCGUAAAGUGAGCGCGGCGAAUGCCAGCAUGGUCGAAUCGCAGAAACGCGCUCUGGUGGCCGCACGAGAGGCUGAAGCCAAGGCCAAGAAAGCAGAAGCAGAGGCCAUGCAUAAUGUCAAGUUGAAGGAAGAGGCGGCAAGAGCGAAGUCUAUAUUCCUGGCCAAUGUCAGUCACGAACUGCGAACACCUCUCAAUGGUGUUAUCGGCAUGUCCGAGCUGUUGAAAGGGACACCUUUGAACAAAGAGCAAGAACAAUACGCGGAUAGCAUUCGAGUCUGUGCGGACACGUUGCUGACCGUGAUCAACGAUAUUCUGGACUUCUCCAAGCUUGAAGCUGGAAAGAUGCAGAUGUUCACAGUGCCACUAAACCUGAAGGAGACCAUCACCGAGGUAGUGCGGGCCCUUGCCUAUACCAACCAGGAACACGGCUUGCAGACUAUCGAAGAUCUUCAGAUUGAUGACGGCUUGGUCUUGGGAGAUCCAGUACGAUUGCAUCAGAUCUUUAUGAACCUGCUCAGUAAUGCAUACAAGUUCACAGCGAAAGGUACCAUCACUGUGAGAGCACGCAAAAACGCAGAGACCCGAGACAAAGUCAAGAUCACCUGUUCGGUCGCUGACACCGGCAUCGGCAUUACGCAGGAACAGCUUGCUCGUCUGUUUCAGCCAUUUUCACAGGCCGAUUCUUCGACUGCACGAUCUUAUGGCGGUAGCGGCUUAGGCUUGAGCAUCUGCAAAGCCAUGAUCGAGAACGUGCUUGGCGGCAAGAUUUGGAUCGAAUCGACGCCAGGCGUGGGAACAAACGUCUUCUUCACCCUGACAUUCCAGAAAGCACCGAAGGACAGCAGCGUGCCUAACGAAAUCAAGAUUUCCGCCAAGGAUCCCGACCCAAUGGCUAAUUGGUCCCAGGCAACCAGUCCUGAAAGCGAGGGGAAGAAGAUCAACCUUUACGAUUUGAGCAGGAUCCCGCGGGAAGACUUGCGCGUUUGCAUUGCCGAGGAUAACCAAAUCAACAGAAAGAUUGCUAUCUCGUUUGUCAACAAACUUGGUCUGAAGUGUGAAGCUUACGAAGAUGGAAAGCUAGCUUAUGAGGCACUCAAGGCCAAGAGUAAAGAGGGCAACCCUUUCCACCUGGUACUCAUGGAUGUGCAGAUGCCCGUCCUUGACGGCUACGAAGCGACCAAGGCGAUCAGGGCCGACCCCGACCCAAAUGUUCAUCAAGUCCUCAUCAUUGCCAUGACAGCUUCGGCGAUCCGUGGUGACAGAGAGAAAUGCUUAGAAGCUGGCAUGAACGACUAUCUUGCGAAGCCAGUACGACAGCAAGCGUUGAAAGCCAUGCUUGAUGAAUACCUCAACAACACCAGAAUGGCCUUGGCUGCAGCUAGCGGCUCCAGUCCUGCAACAACCCCGGGCGAAGGUGGGGUCAAUGGCACAUUUGAAGGAGAUGCUUCCAGGUCUACCAAGACAACGGCAAAUGGAGAGUUCCCAUCCAGUCCAGAGGACAAGCCCAAAGCCAGACGACCAUUCAAGAGGGUCAUCAAGAAAGUCGAUACGAGCACAGCUGACGUGAAAGAAGACUCCAAUGCGGCUCCCAGUCCGCCCAGUGGAAAGCGAGAAACAGAUGAGCUGGGAAAGAUCAGCAGUGAAAAUGUGCGUCCGAAAGAUCCCUUCACUGUUGGCACUUCCGCGCAGCGUGGUCAUGCCAAUGGUGGAGUGAAUGGAGACAGCGUGUAAACACUGAACAGGCGCUGUUGCCUCUGACCGGCAGCGGCGAGUGGAGACCUCCAGCGCCAUGGGUUGUGAUGAUCUGGGGAGAAUGGUGUUGGAACAGAUGAUUGUUACUAAUGACUUCAUGAAAUGUGCACAAGCUUUGGGCGUCACCUUCUUAAUAAGGGUUACGUUGGAAAUGGAUAUGGAAGAUCAAGCGCAAAAAAGCACGGUGUUCAUGGUCGGCCUUCUGCUACCAGGAGUAUACCCAUAGUGCAUUUGUCGGUUAAUGGUUAGUUUUCUCAUUUCGUUUGCUCAGGUCACACUUCGCUAUAGAAGAUUAGACAGGAGUGCAAAGAGAUUUUCUCAACAUGAUUCAGGUUCAUUGAGUCUGGUAUUGCACUUUCAAAGAAGGAGCUCAUGCCUCUGUGCUGGGUUCGAAG